AUGGCUUCAGUGUUGGUGUCCACCCCUCUGAAAAGCCAUCAUGGCAUCUUCUCCACAAAGACUGCCGGUGGCAGAAUGCCUCUCACUCCCUCACCUCGAGCGAGGACGACAAGUGUAGCCACCAAUGUCUCGACGCAUUCAUCACCCUCCACUCCUCUCCGAAAAGACCAAUCAAUCCACAAGUCAGACCCCUCAACCUUCUUCUCGAGAUCAAUUUCCCGGUCGGUGUCGAAAUUCACUUAUGCCAACUCUCCCAAGUCCAAUAUCGCGAGGGGACGGCAAUCUCCCAAACAACUCGAGCUUGGUGUCACAGAGUGGACGCUAACUGGUACUGGCCCCAAUACCAGCACUACACCUUCAAGAGAAAAGUCGCGGAAAGAGACAGCUUUGAGGACACGAGUUGGCAAGACCACCAUCAGACUUCCCCACAAGACUGCCGAUCGAUUCAUCCCCAAUCGAACUGCAAGUGCCGGCCUCGUGACGGCAGGAUCUGGGAAGGCCGAUGAAAACACUCGACCUCGAACUGCUGGAGCGGACGGAUCGAUAGUACUUGCCAAUGCUGCUGCCAGUGCGUUUGACAUCUCUGCUCGGGGCGCCGACGCGGAUAUUACCACCGCAUUGGAGACUCUGGGUCUGGAGGAUGAGCGCCCUACCUCAUCUUACACCCGAUCAAACCCUGACUCGACUGCCUAUGAAAGCUCUCUGGCCUCUGCCUGUGGUAUCUCCACCAGUCAACGUAUCCUGGAAUUCAAGCCGGCUCCUCCCGAGUCAUCCAAACCGAUUGAUCUGCGAACUCAAUACAACCGUCCAUUGAAGCAGGCCAGUGCACAGUCUGCACAAUUCCGUCGACGGAUCCAGUCGGCGCCAGAACGAGUGCUGGACGCGCCAGGUCUUGCCGACGACUAUUACCUCAACCUGCUCGACUGGAGCUCUGGUAACCAGGUUGCCAUUGGACUUGAACGUAAUGUCUAUGUCUGGUCGGCCGACAGCGGCACAGUGAGCUGCCUGUUGGAGACAUCUCCCGACACCUACAUCAGCAGUGUGAAGUGGUCAGGGGACGGCGCCUAUGUCGGCGUAGGCCUCGGUUCCGGGGAAGUUCAGAUCUGGGAUGUUGAAGAAGGGACCAAGCUUCGAAGCAUGUUCGGCCAUGAAACCCGAGUGGGUGUCAUGGGAUGGAACAAGCACACCUUGUCGACCGGAGCACGCAGCGGACUGGUAUUCAACCAUGACGUCCGGGUUGCUCAACAUAAGGUGGCGGAGCUCGUCUCCCAUACCUCGGAAGUGUGCGGACUGGAAUGGCGCUCAGACGGCGCGCAGCUUGCAACCGGCGGCAACGACAACCUGGUAUCCAUCUGGGAUGCUCGGUCACUGGCGGCGCCCAAAUUCGCCAAAAAGAACCACCGUGCCGCAGUAAAGGCACUUAGCUGGUGCCCAUGGCAAUUGAACCUCCUGGCUACCGGCGGCGGCUCCAACGACCGCAACAUCCAUUUCUGGAACACCACGACGGGUGCCCGAGUCAAUAGCAUCGACACAGGAUCCCAAGUGACGAGCCUCAAGUGGAGCAAUCACUACCGAGAGCUGGUGAGCUCGGGCGGCUUUCCCGACAAUUCAUUGAGCAUCUGGAGCUAUCCGACUUUGGUGCGCAACGUGGAAAUUCCGGCACACGAGUCGCGGGUCCUUCACAGUUGUCUCAGCCCCGACGGGCAGAUGCUGGCGACAGCGGCGGCUGAUGAGAGCUUGAAGUUUUGGAAAGUGUUUGAACGGAAAGCGGGAGUCAGCGCAGCAUCCUCGCGGGAAGGCGGUGUCGGGAAAGGUGGCGCCAUGGCAAAGCAGAUGACCAUUCGCUGA